GACUUUUUUUUAUAUACUACCACCACUGCUAGUACUACUAACUGAGUUAGAGACAGAGAGAGAAGAAAAAAAAGAGAGAGAGAAACUUAAACUAAAAACAGCAGAGAAACAAAAAGAUCAGACCCUUCUGUAAAUUGUCUGUACCUCUCUGUAUACCUUUUCUUUCUCUAUCUCAUCAUCAUCAUCAUCAGUUUUCUUACAAAAGGUUAGGGUUUCUAAGUUCUUCUUUCUCGAUUCCUUCGUUUAUCUUUUCUUGAAAUUCCAUCUUUUUCUGUGUGCUUCUUGAUUGGUCUGGUUUUCAUGGAAUCUUAACUUCUAAGUUUACCUACAAGAUUCUUCUCAGAAAUCUUAUCAUUUCAGUUUCAUCCAGUUAACAAGUUUAACUGGUACACGUCUUCAAAAGUUACCAAUUCAAGUUUUCUUUCCUCACUUCUUUUUCUUAAUCCUGAGAUCGGUUAGAUUUGUGAUUUUUGAUUUUUGGAUUGGGGAGGCUAUUCAUGGUUCAGUUUAUGUUUCGUUAGAUGAAUCCAGAGCAGCAAAUUUGAGGUUUGUGGACUGAAGGAAAAAAGAAAAAAGGAAGAAGAUGGCAAUGAACUACUCAAAUUGGGAUAUAUGUAAGCUGGUAUUGGUGGGAUUGUUGGUGAUUUUAACCAAACAGAUUACUUAUGGUUACACCAACGAUAAAGAUGUGGCUGCAAUGAAUAUCCUGUAUGCUGAUUUGGGUAAGCCCGUGCUUCCUGGAUGGAUUCCAAAUGGAGGAGACCCAUGUUUAGAGGCCUGGCAAGGUGUUACAUGCGUGGACUCAAACAUAACCUCAAUAAUUCUCAAUGCUGCUACUAUUAAUGGAACGCUUGGGGAAAGCUUAGGUUCCUUUACUGCUUUAGAAACUCUAGAUUUUAGCAACAACCAGAUUGGAGGGAGUCUUCCAGCUAGUUUACCCGUUACUAUGAAGAGCUUGUUUCUUUCAGCAAACCAGCUCUCAGGAAGCAUCCCUAGUUCUUUAUCUUCCCUAAUGCAACUCUCAGCGAUGUCGUUAAACGACAAUCAUUUAAGCGGAGAAAUACCAGAUGCCUUUAUGGCCUUUCCAGGAUUAGUAAAUUUGGAUCUGUCCGGUAACAAUUUAACUGGUGAACUUCCACCAACAAUUGAAAGUUUGUCAUCUCUGACAACAUUCCAUUUACAGGAUAAUCAAUUAUCUGGAACUCUUGAUGUUUUACAAGACCUUCCUCUGAGCGACCUGAAUGUAGAAAAUAACCUGUUCUCUGGCUCUAUACCUGAAAAGUUACUGAGCAUACCAAAUUUUAAAACGAGUGGGAACCUGUUCAACACUACUUCUGCCCCUGAGUCGUCACCCGCAGAUGCCCCUGCACCACCACUUCCAGACCCUACUCUUAUUCCACCUAUCACGCGGGCACCACCUUUUUUUAAAGGAGGGUCCCCAUCUUCCGAAGGCCCACCUGCGAAACAGGCAAGUGGAACAUCCACACAGGACGGAUCAAGUCCUGCAAGUACAAAAAAAACAUUUUCAAAGAAACAGAUUGUGGGCAUUGCAGUAGCAGGGGGGUUAAUUAUUCUCAUAAUUAUAUUUGGACUUGUCCUUAUUUAUUUAAGAUGUUGCCGAAGAAGUCAAGAUGCCUACAUAAACACCACAUGGCCUGAAAGAGGUCCGUCUAAUGUCCCAGUUGAGAAAUCUAAAGACAGUGUCAUCUCAGGACGACCUAACCGUCAAACAGAAACAGUUCCGGGAAAACAAAUUACGAACCGAAAAGAGGAACAUGCUGUAGCUAAUAGAAGAACUGAGGAUAUUCCGGUUGCAAGGAACAAACAGGAGAUGGAGACUAAAAGAAUUGAAGCAAUUCCGCAACGGAACAAACAGGAGAUGGAGAUGAAGAGAGUCGAAGCGAUUCCACAGAAAAAGCAUGUACUUGAUAUAGAUAGGUCCUGGUCAGGAUUGGAUGCUUUUAUGAUCCCGCCUCCUCCUCCCCCACCCCCUCCCCCUCCUCCCCCUGCUGCGCAAGUCGUUGCAAAUCCAAUUUCUUCCUCAGAAGUAACUACAGCAAUCUCUCCUCCCAGAAAUCUGAUACCUCCGACUUCUGUGAGGCCUUUUACUGUUGCAUCCUUACAACAGUAUACAAACAGCUUCUCUCAGGAGAAUUUGAUUGGAGGAGGUAGGCUGGGCAGUGUUUACCGAGCAGAACUCCCUGAUGGGAAGUUGUUGGCAGUUAAGAAAUUGGAUAAUGUUCGGCUAGAUGAUGAAAAGUUUCUUGAGCUAGUGUCAAGUAUCUCUAAACUUCAGCAUGUCAAUGUGGUCGAGCUUGUGGGGUACUGUUUGGAGCAUGGGCAACGAUUGCUCAUCUACGAGUACUGUAGUAAUGGAACUCUCAAUGAUUCCCUUCACUCAUAUGAUGAGGCCAGUAGGACUCUCUCUUGGAAUGUUCGCAUUCGGAUGGCCCUUGGAGCAGCAAGAGCUCUCGAGUAUCUACAUGAGACCUGUCAACCACCUGUCGUGCACCGAAAUUUUAAGGCUGCAAAUGUUCUGCUUGACGAUGAGCUCACUGUGCGUGUCUCAGAUUGUGGGUUGGCUCCUUUAUUAAUGUCAGGCGCUGUUAGUCAGUUGUCAGGACAUCUCUCAACUACCUAUGGAUAUGGUGCCCCAGAAUUCGAAACUGGAACUUACACUCAUCAGAGUGAUGUUUACAGCUUUGGAGUGGUUAUGUUAGAACUUCUUACCGGGCGUAAGUCGUAUGACAGGUCAAGGCCUCGAGGUGAGCAUUUCUUGGUCAGAUGGGCAAUGCCUCAGCUUCACGAUAUUGAAGCACUGUCAAAAAUGGUUGAUCCUUCUUUAAAUGGAAAUUAUCCUGCUAAAUCGUUGUCGCGGUUUGCGGACAUUAUUUCUUUAUGUGUUCAGUCUGAACCAGAGUUCCGCCCUCCUAUGUCUGAGAUAGUUCAAAACCUCGUACAAAUGAUACAGAGAGGGAGCCCCUAGAGUUGAAUGCAUUAGUUAGAUUGAUAACAAACUUUGCGUGUUCUGGCAAAAGUGUGAAUCGUGAACAAGCCAUCCCUACAAAAAGCUUCUUUCAUGUAAACACUACAAUACGUUGCCUCUGACAACAUAGACAAUGUUCAUACACCGAAGUAUUCUUCGAAGGAGCGAUUCAAAGUGGCCCACUACAUAUAGAAGUUCUUUGGUCUCACAGGUUCGUUUCUUCCGAUUUGUUGGGAUAGUGCUCGUUAAACAUAGGAACAAAUGAUUUGUAUUUGCAUAAUUCCGCUAAUCCAUUAUUUUGCUGUAGAUGUGUGUGAUUAGCUUUGUAGAUGUGUGUGAUUAGCUUUGUAGCUCUCAUUAUUGGCUAUUGCUAUUGUGUAAAUGUAACUUCAAGUGUAUUUUCUCAUAAUUAAGUAAAGAAAAAUGAUGGCCUUCACUUCUCCAUUGUUUUCUUUUU